UGACGUCACCGUCGGUCCCAGUAUAAACACGGGCGGCCCGGAGCGCCGUGUUAAUGAGCAGCUUCAGGCCUCUAAACGAGUCGAGUUGUCCGGAAACAAACGGCCCGAGCCGGAGGAGCCUGCGGGGUCCCCCUCGGGGCUGGCGCUCAGUCCGGGACUGUAGGACACGUUUGGCUGGAGCUGCGCAGAUAACGGUCCGAACCAGAGUAGUGAUUUCCCGCUACAUUACCGACAGUAACGGACACUCCCCCGCCCGGGGUUCGGGACAGCACACGCCGCUUUGUGUAGGUGUUACAUAGAAAAGAAGCGCCAUGGAGUUUCAGCGGAGCCUCUCCCAGUGCUCGGACACGGUGAGGUAACGGGAGCGGGACGGGGUUGCCUCACACACACACACAUCAGACAGCGGCAACCUGUUGCUGGUUGCCGGUGACGCAGAGAGGAUGAGCGGGACUGCCGGGCUGCUGCCGCCGCUGCUGCUGCUACUGCUCAGCGGCCGUGCUGCGUUCAUCGUCUGCCGGUCCCUGAACGCACCGCAGGAUGUGGGGAGUCUGCCUCUGGACGGACAGACGGACGGUACCGACAGUCUGACAGCCACGGUGACAGGUGUGGACAGACGCCAACGCCCGCUGCUGGCAAAAACUCGCCCCUUCGUUCUGGUGGACGGGCGGAGACGGAGCCUCGCGGAAGCUUUCCGGGAUGGCCACCCUGACCGGCUGCAGUGUGGGCUGGAGGUGGGAGGAAGACUCUUCCUGCUGGAGCUGGAGAAGAACCACGACCUGCUGCCCAAACCACCAAAUGUCUUCUACUACCUCCCCAACGGUACCGGAGUGUCUGUAACGGCCAACCCUGUGACUCACUGUUAUUACCACGGCAGCGUCAGAGGAUUCCCCCAGUCCAGAGUGGCUGUGAGCACCUGCUCGGGACUCCGUGGCAUCAUCGCCCUGAACUCCACCCUGAGCUUUGAGCUGCAGCCACAGGAGGAGCACCACCAUCACCACCACCAGACGAGUGAGGAAGAGGAGGAGGAGGGUGCAGGAGGAGAGAGCGGAGGAGGAGGCAGAAAUGGAGGAAGUGGAGGAGGAGGUGAUGAUGAUGAUGGAGAAGUCCACCUGCUGUUCUCCACCACCCCCCUGGAGGGUGACGCUGCAGGAGGCUGCGGAGUGUCUCACACCUCCGUCCCCCCCAUCCACAGCUCCACACACACACACAGGACAAAGAGAGACAUCCUGUCUGAGACCAAAUACAUCGAACUGGUGCUGGUGGCUGAUCACCAGGAGUUUCUGAACUACCAGAAGAACAAUAACACCAUCAUCUACCGCAUGCUGGACGUGGCCAACCAGGUGGACUGGUUCUACCGUCCCCUGAACGUCCGCGUGGCGCUCACGGGUCUGGAGAUCUGGAGCGACCGCGACAAGAUCCGGGUGGAGAAGAGCCCGACCGACACCCUAAACAACUUCCUGGAGUGGCGGACCAGAGACCUGCUGCCACGCCUUCGCCAUGACAACGCCCAGCUCGUCAUGGGCGGGUCCUUUGACGGCACCACAGUGGGGAUGGCGUCUCAGUCAUCCAUGUGCUCCAGAGACAGGUCGGGCGGAGUCAACGUGGAUCACCUGGUCAGUGUUCUGGGCGUGGCUUCAACUGUUGCUCACGAGCUAGGUCACAACCUCGGGAUGAGCCACGACACCGCGGAGCGCCACUGCUCCUGCCAGAACGAGCCGCGGCUCGGGGGCUGCAUCAUGGAGCCCUCAACCGGGUUCAUGCCGGGUCAGCAGUUCAGCAGCUGCAGUGCUGCAGAUCUGUCCGUCAGCCUGCUGCACGGCGGCGGUAUGUGUCUGUUCAACGUGCCGCAGCCGGAGCAUCUGCUGGGAGGACCUCGCUGUGGAAACCUCUACGUGGAGAAAGGAGAGGCGUGUGACUGCGGCCUGCUGGAGGAGUGUGAGGACCCGUGCUGUAACGCCUCCACCUGUCAGCUGGUUCCUGGAGCUCAGUGCUCAUCUGAUGGUAUCUGCUGCCAGGACUGUAAGCUGCGAGCGGCGGGUUCGGUGUGUCGUGAGCCUCUUGGGGAAUGUGACCUCCCUGAGUAUUGCACAGGCUCCUCCCCCUACUGCCCCCCCAAUGUAUUUCUGCAGAAUGGGGAACCCUGUGAGGAGGGCGCCUCCUACUGCUAUGGAGGAGUCUGCGCCAGCAUGCACAGCCAGUGCCAGACGCUGUGGGGACCCAAUGCCACCAGCGCUCCCGCCGUCUGUUUCUCGUCUGUGAACAAAAAGGGAAACAAAUAUGGAAACUGUGGUCAGCUGACCAACGGCUCCUACAUCCCCUGCAGGAACUCGGACGUUCACUGCGGCCGGAUCCAGUGUCAGGGUGGGAGGGACCGCCCCCUGCUGGGCACCAACGCAGAGAUCCUCACCACCAGGGUCCACUUCAACAACAGCGACCUGGUCUGCAGAGGCACCUUCUUCCACCUGGGUGACGACGUGUCCGACCCCGCCACCGUGGCCCACGGCACCGCAUGCAGCCACGGCAAGGCCUGUUUGAACCAGAAGUGUCAGGAUGUGUCAGUGUUCGGUGUGGACGAGUGUCGCAGGAAAUGCAACGGCCACGGGGUGUGUAACAGCAACAGGAACUGUCACUGCGAGGUGGGCUGGGCUCCGCCCGACUGCAGGUACUCGGGUCAUGGCGGUAGCGUGGACAGCGGUCCGGCCCGAGCGGCUCGAGAAUCGGAUCCCGUCCGAGUCGCCCUGCUUGUCAUCUUCCUCUUCAUCCUGCCGGUGGUCCUCCUCUUCCUCGCUCUCCGGUUCCCUGGCUUCCGUCGGCGUCUCUUCUGCCUGGGACCGAACAGCCCAUUUCAUAAAGCUCGACAGCACAACCGGACUCCGGCGAUGGAGCGAGUGGACGGCAGGAACGGAGAGCAGGUCCGACCUCUCAGAUACCACCUGAACCCUCAGACGGACAUCCCGCUGACCCCGCCCCAAAAAGAGGUUCAUGACAGACCUGCUCCUCCCACUAAGCCACUCCCCCCAGACCCCGCUCUAAAACCUCCACCGCAGUUGGUUAAACAGCGACCGGCCCCCCCCACCAAGCCUCUGCCCCCUGACCCCCCCACCCCCUCCAACCAGCAGCUGGUGAGUCGACCAGCUCCGCCCAACAAGCCUCUCCCCCCUGACCCCAUCACACCUGGACAGGUUUCUGUUCCACUCAAACCUCUAGUCCCAAAAAAGCCCCGCCCUCCAGCCAUCCCGUCCAACCCCUAUCUUCCGCCACACCCCGUCUACAACUCCAACACUAAACCGCCGCCGCACGGGGCAGUCGCACCUGCUGCUGCCGGACCCAACAGACGGCCUCCUCUUCCUCCGCUGCGACCCGCCGUCCCUCUGAAGGUGGAGUCCUCUCCUCCACUCUGACCCGCCGGGUCACCUUUGACUGAUCACAGAGCAGCUGAAGGUGGAGACGAUGGAGAUGAUGGAGACUCACUGUCACCGGAUUUCAUCCUCACGAGUAUUAAUAAGCGCUGCUGUAUCUCUGGAGUUCAGUGCCUUGCUCAGCAGCACCUCGGCAGCGGUUAAUGUGGAUGUUUGGGUGAUGUCACGUUCAUUCAGUGCCUUGCUUAAAGACCCUCGCACCGACCUAUGAUUAGUGGUUUCCAAACUGUGGUCCGCGGCCCAUCUGCAGACGUUUUGGUUCUUUUCUUUUUUUUUUUUUAAGACGUUUUUAGUGAAACUUUGUUUUUUUCCGCUGGAAUAAACGCGUAUCCGACCGGACUGACUUCCUGACUGCUCCAGGAUCGUCUGAUCAACAAAGACUUGGAUGAAUGUUCGAGUGGGCAGCAGGAGAUGAGAUUUGUUACAUUUUAUUUUCUGUUACAGAGAAAACUGACUUUUCCACUAUGCUCGGAAUAUUUUUAUGAAGAUUCCCACACACAGGCUCGAGUUACUAUUGGACAACAUCCUCGCUCUAAUUUUGAAAGCUGCACUGCUGCUGACCCGAGCCCAGCUUGUGUUUCCCUACAGACGCCGUCUCUGGUGAUGACUCUGUGCUCCUCCCUCUCCUGGGAUGCACAGUAAGCUGGACGAGCGACCAAUCACGCCCUGCGGCAGGUGUACAGGAAGCGCAAUCACCAGCUGAGCUCCGCCACAGUCAAAGGAGAGGCGGCUGCUGACAGCUCCUCCUGGCACAGAGUGGGCACAGAACAGCGGUCCGGUUCGUUAUGAUCCGUGCGUGACUUCCUGCCUCACGGAUGCCGCAUAUGCAGCCUCACUGUGCAGGAAACGCCGCUGUCAGGAAGAGCGACUGCGAAUAAAGCUGUAACGCUGCUAACUGUUCUGUCUUUAUUCUGAAAAUAUCUCCCUCCUAACUUUCACGUAUUCACAGGAAUAAAGUAAGACGAGGUUUUUGGCCGUCAUCACUUUGAUCUCAGAGCUUCAGCCUUUAUUUUCCAAAUGUCACAAUAAAAGAUCACGACUUUAUUACCAUGCUGUUACGUAAUGUCAGUGUGCUUUUGGUUUGUUAAGGUUUCUACUGUAAAAACGCUCCUCUGAUGACGUCAGUCUUUUCAGCUUUGCAGGUUUUAUUUUUGUGCUUUUUAUGUACGUGUGUACUUUGACUUUAUUGUGAAAAUCUCGGACGGUUUUUGUCCUUUGUUCUUUUCUUAAAUGUUCGCCACACCCCUCUCGCCUUCGCCCACGUGUUUCUACACCUGCUGACUGUUUAAUUUUGCUGGAUGGUGUUUGUUUUGUUUGUAUGUUUUUCUGAACCCGCCUUGAGAUCAGAGACGGCAGGAAUGUGCGCCGAUAGUUUGUAACGUGACACCAAAGAAACGCCGGGAGACUAAAGCGAUGAAGAUUCAGAGGAAGGUUGACGUGAGCUGCUAAAGGAGCAGUUCGCAGUUUAACCAUCGCCUCGUUGCCUUCUCGCUCGCAGCUGUGUGACGUGCUUUAAUUUAAAGACAUCUGAGAAAACGUGACUGUUGCCUUUUUAUAGUUUCUGUCUUCGGAGGUGGACCGAGCGGUCCCCAGUCACCCCGAGAGGGCUGGGGGUUGAUUCCUGGCCAGCCUGUGUGCCUGGUGUUAGAUUAAACUGCAGUGAUGUGAAUAAAAGAAAGUCUGACGCCUCAA